UAUAUUAUAUUAUCAUUGGCACUUGGCCUCCACUCUCCAUUAUUCAAACUCACCAAAACUUCUCUAAGCUUUGAAGAUGGCUUCAGUGAUCAUGUCAUUUGCUCCAGCAACUAGUAGAGUCUUUGCAGCUACUGCAGCAAAGGGUGAAGGUGGUAGCAAAGUGGAGAAAGGACUUUGGGAUUGGAUUAUUGGAGGAUUGCAGAAGGAAGACCAGCUGCUAGAGACUGACCCUAUCCUCAAGAAGGUGGAGGAGAAGAAUGGAGGCACCACUAGUGGCCGCAAGAACUCAGUGGCAGUGCCACAAAAGAAGAAGGGUGGCGGCUUUGGAGGCUUGUUUGCCAAGAACUGAAGCAAUUACCUUGCAUUUACCUAUUUCAAGUGCAUGCAUUAUUGUCUUGUUCACUUAGCUUUUCAACCUCUUAGCCUUCUGGAAUCUUAUAAAUUAUGUUUGCUUUUUUCUGGGUCAUUGUAUUUAGAGAACAAAUCUAUUCAUUUUGGAUCAAUUACCAACAAGGUACAAUCUGUUUAACAAUUGGAA